AUGUACUCUAUCCGAAGUCUGCCCACAAUGUUGUACCGAGAGCAAGCUGAAGAAGACGGGAUUGAGGACAUGAUACAACUUGAGGAACUUCAUGAAGCUGCUGUUUUACUCAACCUUAAAAAAAGGUUUGAACGAGAACUGAUUUACACAUACAUUGGAAGUAUUCUGGUAGCUGUGAAUCCAUACAAGAUGUACAAUAUUUAUGGGACGGACAUGGUGCUUCAACACAAAGGACAUGCCCUUGGUGAAAAUCCUCCGCAUUUAUUUGCUAUAGCAAAUGCUGCUUAUGCAAAAAUGAUGGAUGCCAAACAGAACCAAUGCAUUAUUAUCAGUGGGGAAAGUGGCUCUGGUAAGACUGAGGCCACAAAAUUGGUCCUGCGCUAUUUGGCUGCUAUACAACACAAGCGCAACAUUACACAGCAGAUUCUUGAAGCUGCUCCACUCCUAGAGUCAUUUGGAAAUGCCAAAACUGUCAGGAAUGAUAACUCGAGUCGAUUUGGGAAAUACAUCGAGAUAUUUUUGGAGGAGGGUGUGAUUAGUGGUGCCAUAACCUCACAGUAUCUACUUGAAAAGUCAAGGAUUGUGUUUCAGGCCAAAGAUGAAAGAAACUAUCACAUUUUUUACGAGAUGCUUGCAGGCCUUCCUUCACAGCAAAAACACUCACUGUACCUCCAAGAGGCAGAGACCUAUUAUUACCUCAAUCAGGGUGGGAAUUGUGAGAUCACUGGUAAGAAUGAUGGGGAGGACUUCCGCAGGCUUCUCAGUGCCAUGGAAAUCCUUCAUUUCAACCCUGAAGAUCAAAAUGGCAUCUUCAGGAUUCUGUCAUCUAUUCUCCAUCUGGGAAAUGUCUUUUUUGAGAGAUAUGAGACAGACUCUCGGGAGAUGGUGUCAGUGGUGAGUGCUCAGGAGAUCAGAGUGGUGGCAGAAAUUUUACAAAUUUCUCCUGAGGCCCUGCAGAAAUCAAUCACUUAUAAAGUGACGGAGACAUUGAGGGAGAAGAUCUUUACCCCUCUAUCAGUGGAAAGUGCAGUUGAUGCCAGAGAUGCAGUUGCCAAGAUCCUGUACUCCCUCCUUUUCAACUGGUUAACAGCAAGAAUCAAUACUUUGGUUUACCCAAUGAACGACGCACUGUCUAUCUCCAUCCUUGAUAUCUAUGGAUUUGAGGACCUCUUUUUCAACAGCUUUGAACAGCUUUGCAUAAACUAUGCAAAUGAGUACCUACAGUUCUUUUUCAACAGGGUCAUUUUCAGGGAGGAGCAAGAGGAAUACAGCAGAGAGGAAAUUCCCUGGGAGGAAGUGUAUUAUAAUGACAAUCAGGCCUGCAUUGACCUCAUUUCAGCAAAGCCCCAUGGAAUACUUCGGAUUUUGGAUGACCAGAGUGGUUUUCCACAGGCUACAGAUCACACCUUCCUUCAGAAAUGUCACUAUCAUCAUGGCCACAAUCCAUUGUAUUUCAAGCCAAAAAUGCCUCUUCCUGAAUUUGCCAUUAAACACUUUGCUGGAAAAGUCACCUAUCAGGUCCAUAAAUUUUUGGACAAAAAUUAUGAUCAGGUUCGCCAGGAGGUGCUCGAUCUUUUCAUGCAAAGCAAAAACAAGAUGGUUGCACAUCUGUUCACAAACUAUUCAGAAAUUGUUAAUCAACAGAAGAGUCAUGUCAGAAAGAGCAGCACGGUUACACGCAGAUACCAGCCAUCUACAGUUGCUGCCAAGUUCCAGCUAUCUCUUAUGGAGCUUGUGGAAAAGAUGGAGAGAUGCAACCCAUUCUUUGUGCGCUGCAUAAAGCCAAACAAUAACAAGGAGCCUGGAGUGUUUGACAUGGACCUGGUCAGCACUCAGCUUCGUUACUCUGGGAUAUUGGAUACCAUUCGUAUCAGGAGACAGGGAUAUCCGAUCAGAAUACUCUUUGAUGUCUUCCUUUUUAGAUACAAAUCCUUGCUUGGCCUAAAGCAGGCUCCUCCUGCCACUGGGGAAAACUGUGUAAUCAUGCUUAGGAAGCUUUGCCCUGUAAGACCAGGAGCUUUUGAAGUGGGCCUCACCAAGCUAUUCUUAAAAGAAGACAUAUAUUACAUGCUGGAGAGUAAGAGAGACAGAGUGAGGCAUGUAGCUGCUCUGACCCUGCAACGCUACAUUCGAAUGUUCUUUGUGCGGAAACGCUAUGUAGCCUUUCGCAUGAAAAUCAUUCGAUUGCAGGCGCACUGCCGAGGUUACAUCAUACGGAAACACUAUGUAAAAAUGCGAGCAAGUCUGGUCAGAUUCCGCUCAGUGGUCCACAUGUAUGUAAAUCAAAAGAGAUACAUUAAGAUGAUAUUAGAUGCCAAGAGGAAGGCAGAAGAGGAGCGAAUCCGAACAGAAAUGGAGUUAGCAAAACGGGAAGUCGUCAAUGUCACGCACUUGGUCAUUCCAGCAGAACUUGGAGGGUUAUUGCAAGCUGUUGCAGGAGGUAGAGAGCUUCAUUCUGAUUGCUUGGCUCUUGUACAGGCACCAACCAUUCAGGUGGAAUCUCAGCUCACACUACCCCUUGACAUCAACAACUACCCCAUUUCUAAAUUCAUCCAGCUUCAUUUCAGAGAACCAAUGUUUGGAAUGUUGAUGACACCUUUGAAAACGCCCUUGACUCAUUUAGAUGAUGACCUCACACAAGAAGCUCUAGAUGUCUUCAUCAUGAUUUUGAGAUUUAUGGGUGACCCACAUUUGAACGGUGCCCAAGAGAAUUUACUUGGAAACUACAUCAUCCAGAAAGGGCUUUCCAGUCCUAGCUUACGAGACGAAAUUUUGUGUCAAAUUGCCAAUCAAGUGUGGAGGAACAGCAACCCAGAUAAUGCCGAAAGGGGCUGGCUGCUGCUGCUCGGCUGCCUCAGUGCUUUUGCGCCUUCAGCCAAAAUAGAGAAAUACCUUCUGAAGUUUGUAUCAGACAAUGCCUAUAAUAACUAUAAGGCAGUUUGCCAACAUAAGCUGAUCCAGGGCAUGCAGAAGUCCAUUUAUGGACCAGAGACAGCAAGGACAUACCCACUGUCCCUGCUGGAGUGGACUGCCAACAGAAAGAAAGCCAAUAUGGUGCUACAGGUGCACUGUUUUGAUGGAACCUCCUUUCUGUGUCCUGUAAACUCAUGGACCAGUGGAGAGGAUCUGGCUGGGGACAUCCUUCAGCACAGGGGUGUUACAGAGUCUUGGAAGGGUUGUUCUGUCAUCAUGAAGGAGCAUGGGCAAUGGGCUGAGCUUGCAGGGCAUGAUUAUGUGAUGGACUUGAUUGCAGACCUGGAGCUAAUGCGAGAUUUCCCAAAGCAAAAGUCCUAUUUCAUCAUCUCAGCUGAGAGUCCCACCAGAACGAGACCCAAUGCCAGCCUUACUCUGUUUGGAAGUGGAUUUGAGUCCGAUGAUGAAAGCCCACUCCUUAACCCACCAAUGGCCAGCACUAGUCUACCAGAGUCUGAUGGAUACUACAGUCAUGAAUCCGAUUUCAGUGAGGCUCCACCUCAGAGAGGUAUGGACCGAUAUCUGGACAGCUUAUUUGACCCCGUACUGUCUGAUGGUAGUGGGAAUCAGGAUCUGGAGAAGCCAGCCAGCAUGUCAAGUCGGAUGAAGGGAGCAGGUGGGAUUGGAGGUGAGGAUGGAGGAGAGGAAGAAAAAAUGCAGGCCAGCAGGCCUUAUCCCCCAGGACUGCAGCCUGGUGCGGUUCCUGUUCUACCUGUUAUGGGGACUAUGAUGCCACCUAUACCUAUGCCAGCUAUGCACUCUGUGCCUUCAACUCUUGCCCCAACAUCUACAGCCUCUGUUCCCUCAGUAACCCCUGUUUCUCCAAAGCCAUCAAUGCCAUCAGUACCAUCAAUGCCAGCUAUGUCAUCUAUACCUUCUAUGCCUGCCUUGCCUCCUUUACCACCUUUCUCAGUUUUACCUAAUGUGCCACUGAUGACUGAUGGGGCAGAUCCCAAUGUCCUUGCACAGCAGCAGCAAGCCCUCAUCAGCCAGCAAGCGAUCAUACUUGCUCAGCAAAUGACAAUGCAAGCAAUGGCCCUUCAACAGCAGAUGUAUAAUUCAGCAGGCAGACCAUACACUGGUCCAUCUUAUAACAAUGAACAUGUAUCAGUGCCCCAUUCUGGCCAAUCAAGCCCAAACAAAUCUGAAACUGGACCUAGUCCACACACUCAAGUAACACCUGCCCCUGCACAGAGACCCUUCCGGCAUCAUUACAGCCAGCCCAGGACAGUACCACCAGAAGAUGUUGUGAGGUCCACCAUCUCAAACUCAGAGUAUAUAGAACCAAGUCACAACAUCAAAGACAUCAUUAAACAGUACCAGCCUGGGAUACCCAAACCUGUAGAAGUACCAAGAAGAGAUGCUAAAGUAUUUGUUAAGAAGCCAGACCCUCAUGAUGAAGCUAUGAUGAUCCUUAAAGACCAGAUGAAUGCACCACCUACGCAGCAGAAAAAGACCUAUACGCCAGGCCCUUCUACUUCAGGUGUCACAGAAAUGGGAAGCCUACAACCAUCAAAGAGCAUAAAGAUGAAAAGAUCACCCCCAGUGCCUGUGAUCAGUCAAAGGUCCCCAGCCCCACCACCCGUAUCUCGAGACCUUCCAGUUGAAGAGGAGACCAUUCAGACCCAGCUCCACAGAAGAAGCAGUGAGGAGCACUAUACCUACACAAAUGUACCUUGGAAGAUCUACCUGAGAAAAGAGGUUUUCUAUCCCAAGGACAGCUUUAACCAUCCACUGGUGUUAGAUCUCCUGUUCAAGCAGAUCGUCCACGACACGUUCUCAGAGGCUUGCAUUCGGAUCACAAAGGAGGAGAGACAGAAAAUGAAAUCCCUUUUUGCUGAGCACAACAUUGAUGCGGGUGCUACAACACAAGACGAGAAUGUGAAAAAAAAGGUUGUUAUUGCAGCAAGGGACACCUGGGAGAUCUACUUCUCUCGUCUUUUCCCAGCAUCUGGCAGUGUGGGCACUGGUGUCCAGGUGCUUUCUGUAUCGCACAGGGGAAUUAAACUGCUAAAGAUGGUGAGGAGCAGCGCUUUGGCCCCAGAUUACUUCAGAGUUUUAAGACCUUACAGCUAUACAGAUAUCAUGUUUGUCACCAUUCCUUCGAAGAACAUGCUGGAGUUCAACCUCACCAAUGAGAAACUGAUUCUCUUCUCAGCCAAAGCUCCCCAUGUCAAGACCAUGAUUGACUACUUCAUCACAGAGUUGAAGAAGGACUCAGACUAUGUGGUUGCUGUGCGUAAUUACGUUACAGAUGACAGAACAGUGCUGAGUUUCCACAAAGGGGACAUUAUACGCUUGCAGAAAAUGGAGGGGCUGGAGGAAGGUCACUGCUAUGGUUGCAUAGUGAAAAAGAAGGUCAUGCUUCUUGAGGAGAUAAAACGAGACACAUCUGACUUUGGCUGGAAAUUUGGAGCGGUACACGGUCGUGCAGGGGUUUUCCCUGUGGAGUACGUCCAGCCAGUGGCUGCGCCAGACUUUAUCAACCUCCCUGUGGACAAGAAAGAUGAGCCCAAGAAUAAGCAGGGUCACGUGGCAGUUUCUGGCACCGUAGCCGUAGCUGUAGGUUCCACCGUUGCAGCCCAUGAGCUCGACCGCUCCAUUGAAGUGGCUUCACUGGUCAGUGAUUAUACUGAGGCCCAUACAGACUACAAUAACAUGGAGAUUGAUGAGAGGAUUCUGCAGGAUAGCCAAUACAACAUGGUGGAGUUUGCCAAGAAAUAUUUCAGAGAGGCCCAUAGGAAGACCAGUGAUUCCCAAAGGUCAAAGAAGGGGAAGGAAACCAAGGAAUCAUCAGAUAUGGUGAAAUUUUCCAAGUCUCCUAUCCAAGAGUCCUUGAUUGAGUUUACUGAUGAAAACAUGAACAAGAUUGCUGCAGACAUUUUCUUGGCUAUAAUGAAGUUCAUGGGAGACUACCCAAUCAAAGGCCAAACUGAGCAAGAUAUCAUCAGCACCAUCCUAAGGCUUACUGGCGAGUAUGGUUUACUGAGGGAUGAAGCGUACUGCCAGGUCCUCAAGCAGAUCACUGAAAACACCAGUUCCAAAACAGACAGUUGUCAAAGAGGCUGGAGGAUCCUAUACAUCCUUACAGCAUACUACCGAUGUUCAGAAGUACUGAAGCCCUACCUACUGAAAUACCUUCAAGAUGCCUGUGCAGGUCCAGGGGUGCAAUACCAAGGCAUUGCCAAAGCAUGCGAACAGAACUUAAGGAAGACGUUCCAAUAUGGUGGCCGCAUUAAAUACCCUAACACCAUGGAACUAAAGGCUAUGAUGGCCAGCAGGAGCUCCAAACGGCAGCUAUUCCUUCUCCCUGGUGGAAUUGAGCGUCAUCUGAAAAUUAAGACCUGCUCAGUUGUUCUGGAUGCCAUUGAAGAGCUAUGCUAUGAGAUGGGUCUGCACAGCAUGGAGGGAAUGGAUGAAUAUGCCAUAUUUGUUGUCACAAACAGAGGCCAGAAUGUUCAGCCACUGAGCAAAAGAGAGUACAUUUUGGAUGUGACUACAGAAGCAGAGCCUAUUGAUAGCAAUUACAGCCUGUGGUUUAGAAGAGUGAUCUGGAAUCAGCCACUAAAAUUCGAUAAUGAGCUUGGAGUCACCAUGCAUUAUAAUCAGGUUACCCCAGAUUACUUAAAAGCCCUUCUGAAUAUUGUGCCACAGGGCAAGCUUAGUGAACAGCAGCUUCAGCAGGUGUCAAAACUAGCUGCCCUGCAACAUCGCGCCAAGGACACCCUCUCUCUUCCUAACCUCCGUGAGGUCCAGGACUGCAUCCCUGUCCUUCUGUAUGGACUACAGUUUUCCCAGCAAUGGCUGAACAUGGUGACCCAGAACAUGCAGCAAGUCCAAGCACUGAGCCCACAUCAGGCCAGAGCCCAAUUCCUGGGGCUUGUAAGCGUUUUCCCCAUGUUUGGUUCCUCAUUCUUCUACAUACAAAGCAGCAGUAACAGCUCUGUAGACUGCCCUUGCAUAUUAGCUGUCAAUCAAAAUGGCCUAAACUUUCUAAACAAAGACACACAUGAGCUGAUGGUGAAGUUUCCACUGAAAGAGGUGCAGUCCACACGGACACAGAGGCCUGUAGCUGGUUCCAGUUACCCUUAUGUAGAGAUAAUGCUGGGGGAUCUAACAUCUCAGCGCAUCACACAACUACAAGUAGACCAGAGUCUGGAGCUGUGCCGUGUUAUCGCCAUGCACAUGGACAACAUGCUGUCCGUGCGAGAGAAGAGACUGACUCUGCCUCCCAGCGAGAUCACGCUUCUUUAAUAUGCCUUCAAACAGCAUGUCAAUCUAUUCCCUGUCUCAUCAAAGUGUCAUACAAGCUUUUCUUUCAUAUAACAUCCUAAUAUG